AUGGCCCUCCUCACCAUUCUUCGAAUUCUUUUCUGCGGAUUGGUGUUUUUGAUGGAACACAGAGUCCAAAUGGUCAAGGCAGAGCAGCCCUCUGUUGCCCCCCUUGCUGAGGACCCUGCUUUGCCUCUGAUUCAGGAGCUGCUAGAAGAUGCCCCUAGGAAGCAGCAGAUAAAGCAAUGGCCCCAAGGGUAUCCCCUGCGGUACAUGCUGAAGUUGUACCAGCGUUCAGCUGACCCACAUGGGCACCCAAGGGAGAACCGCACCAUUGGGGCCACAAUGGUGAGGCUGGUGAGGCCCUCGGCCAAUGUUGCAAGGCCUCUCAGAGGUUCCUGGCAUAUACAGAACCUGGACUUUCCUCUGGCAUCCAAUCGCGUAGCAUACCAACUAGUCAGAGCCGCUGUGAUCUAUCGCGAUCGGCUUCACCUAGCUCGCUGCCUUCUCUCCUGCCAUGUGGAACCCUGGAUCCCCAAAUGCCCAGUCAAUCAUUUUCCUUCUUCAGGAACAGGUUCCACAAAGCCUUCCCUCAUUCCUGAAUCCUGGCUAGAGAUGGAUAUCACACACUGUCUUCAGCAAAGUCUCUGGAAUCGCAAGGGACGCAGAUUCCUACGAUUCCGUUUCAUGUGUCAGCAGCAAAAAGGCAGGGAGGUUCUUGGGCUCCAGUGGCAUGGCACCUCCUCCUUGGACAUUGCCUUCUUGUUACUGUAUUUCAAUGAUACUCAUAAAAGUGUUCAGAAAGCUAAACCCCUUCCCAGAGGUCAGCAGGAGUUUGUGGAAAGUGAAUCUUCUCUUUUCUUUCGGAGUGCCCGACAAGCAUGUGGCAUCGCAUCUGAGGUUUCGUGCUCCUCCCAGGAACAGGAUGGGCCUGUCAAUAACCAGUGUUCCCUUCACCCUUACAAAGUCAGCUUCCGCCAGCUGGGCUGGGAUCACUGGAUCAUUGCUCCCCAUCUCUAUACCCCAAACUAUUGUAAAGGAAUCUGUACUGGAGUAUUACCCUAUGGGCUCAACUCCCCCAAUCAUGCCAUCAUCCAGGGCCUUGUCAAUGAAUUGGUGAACCAGAGUGUCCCUCAGCCUUCCUGUGUCCCUUAUAAGUUUCUUCCUAUGAGCAUCCUUCUGAUAGAGGCAAAUGGGAAUAUUUUGUACAAGGAGUAUGAGGGCAUGAUUGCUCAGUCCUGCACCUGCAGAUAA